AUGGGAGCGAGUUCGACAUGUUGGGACGGAUUGAACGCCGUUGAUUACACCGGCACAAUAUCCGUGACGGCAUCAGGGCGCACCUGCCAAAAAUGGGCACUGGACAGCCCGCAUGCACACACGUUCCAUUCCGGGGCCCCUAACUUUCCGAAUGACAACUACAGUGACAUCACGGCGUCAAACUACUGCCGAGACCCAGACGGAAGUCAAGGGGUCAGUGGUCCCUUUUGCUACACCAUAGACCCAUCCACUCCGACAGAGGCUUGCAGUAUUCCGAUUUGUUCAAACCCAGCAUGCCCGACCGGAAGUGUAGUAGGUCAAGCUGAUCCAUCUACAGUGAUCACCAAUGUUCUCACAUACGAGGGCGCCAUGUUUGUCCCGAAACACUCGUCUUACCGGAUUCACUGCUGCGGAACGAUAAAGGAGUGGCGAAUCUACAUCCGGUCUUGGUACACGCCCAGCUUCGAGAUCAUUCCAUACGAGGAUCAGGGGACCGGAAAUGACGUAAUUUGGUACCAGCCGCCCACAGCGCCGAUUGUCGGGGAAAACUUCGACUUAACGGUGGCUCUCACGUAUUCUAACAGGGACUACGCAAUCGGGGCGAUUCUCGAAAAGAGCGCAUCGCCCUACUUUACCAACGCCGUCACCACAGCGUCAAUUAGCGUCGGUGCGAUCAUUGGUACUACCAUAUACACAGUGUCGUACACCGAUGACGACGUCCAUGACAUCAGCACUCUCUCCGUUACCAUGGAUACACAUGCCUUCUUCAGCCUAGAUAAACCAGCGAUCAAGGUUCGGUCCGCUCUUGAGGUCGGGAGCCAGACGCUGCGGGUCACGGUGACGGACAGAUGCGGCGCUUCCGGUCAGAUGGACGUAAUCAUCACUGUGGAGCCUCUGCCCGUAGCGAUCACCAGUCUGCCAACAACGGUGAGUGUCGGCGAGGCGGCGUCGGUAGAGACGCUGGUCCACACCCUGACGUUCAAUCGCGCCGGCACAUACACCUGCACUUUAGGGGCGUACUCACCAACAAGGCCAGAGGGGAACCCUUUUGUUGUGCGCGAGACCGGAAGUGGAGAUAUCGGAAUCUACCUCAAGGCAGCGGCGGACGUCCGAUUCCUCGUAACAUCUAGUUACAACGUGACGGUCACGUGUACUGAGGCGAGCACCGCACGUGACACGAGCUACCUCAUCAUAGAAAUCGACCAGAAUACGGCACCCGUAUUCACCAAUUUCCAGUGUAAAACGGAUUAG